UUCUUGUGCAUACGGUCAGUCCGCACGCAGGCGGCAGGACAACGUCGAUCAGGUGUUCGACGUGAUCGUGAAAACGAACGAAAAAAAUUCGAAACCUAAUUCCAAACAAAAAAAAACUUUCAAGUGAAAAUGUCCGACGUGCAACGAUAGCAUCGAAUCAAACACAAGUUUGAUAUGAAAUUAACAUAUUUAGUGAUAUUUUCAAACAAUGAAAUUUAAAAAGUUCAUAUGUGUCUUAGAAUAAACUUAAAUAAGUGAUAAUUUAGUGCAGAAUCUACAAGAAGUAGGAAACUAAGUUAUAAGUCCAGAAAACAACCAAAAAAAACUUGGUAGUCGUAGGCAACCAAGAAUUGCGUCACAAUGGCCACCCAUCAUGGCCUGCGGCACGAGAGCGACGAAAACUUUUCGGACGACGAGAGCUUUCCGUUGACGCACGAUAUUUAUGGCGGAAGUACUAGAACAGUCCCAGAUACGAAAGGAUGGGACGUUUUCCGAGACCCACCGACAAAAGUCGACUCUGGCUCGAUGGCCAACCAAAAAUGUCUCGACAUCACCGUGAAGAUCUUCAAAGCGAUCGCUUACCUCGUCACUUUUGUAAUUGUCCUCGGUUCAGGGGUGAUAGCAAAAGGCACGCUGUUAUUCAUGACCUCCCAACUUAGCCCUGAUAAAGUAACCACGUAUUGCAACCGAGAAUUAGGCCGUGAUAAACAAUUCGUAGUAAAACUACCGCAGGAAGAACGAGUCGCGUGGAUGUGGUGUCUGGUCUUUGCGUUCUGGGUACCACAACUCGGGACACUUUUCCGGUCAUCUCGUAUGUGUGUCUUCAAAUCGUGGAAGAAGCCAGCCUUCUCGCACUUUCUCAUCGUGUUCCUAUGCGAGACGGCGCAUACCAUCGGCAUUGCGCUGCUAGUCUUCUACGUCCUUCCCGAUCUGGACGUGGUCAAAGGCGCUAUGCUCACCAACUGCGUGUGUUUCAUCCCAGGCGUUUUAGGGUUACUGUCACGCAGUAACAAAGAAUCAAAACGGUUUAUUAAAGUGAUCGUGGAUUUGUUUGCUAUCGCAGCACAAGCCACAGGAUUUGUCGUCUGGCCAAUUGUGGAGCAAAAACCGGAAAUGUGGUUGAUCCCAGUCGCCAUUUUCUUGACAUCUAUCGGAUGGUGGGAGAACUAUAUCUCUAAACAUUCCCCGAUUCCGUUUAUUAAACGAUUAGGAAAAAUCAAAGAAGAAUUCGAAGGAUGCCGUUAUUUCUCUUAUAUUUUUAUAUCAAUCUGGAAGUGUAUCAUCUUCAUGAUCAGUUUGCUGGUGAUCAUGUUCGUCAAACACGGUGAAGCAGGUUUUGUCUUCACUGAUUUCUCACCUGGGUUUGGCGCACAUAAAAUAACCAUCUUGGAAAUCAAACCAACUCUUGGUGGUACCACCAUGCCAGAUCUAACUGAAUUGAUUACUACAGGAGAUGAUACUACCAUCAACGCCAAUGACAUGUCUCCAGUCUAUGUUCUCAUGAUCAACAUUCUUGCGUCUUACCUAUGUUAUAUAUUUGGUAAAUUCGCUUGUAAAAUCAUGAUCCAAGGAUUUUCCUAUGCCUUCCCUGUUAACCUAACCAUUCCUGUUUCUAUUUCCUUGUUGAUUACUGCAUGUGGUCUGCGAAAUGAUGACCCUUGCUUCUUCAAUGAAACCCUACCAGGUUACUUAUUCUAUCAAAGCCCACCUGUGUAUUUCUUCAACGAUUUCAUAACACACCAACAUGCGUGGGUGUGGAUGUUAUGGUUGUUAUCACAAACAUGGAUAACUCUACAUAUUUGGACUCCUAAAUGCGAAAGGUUGGCACGUACAGAGAAGCUAUACGUGUCUCCAAUGUAUGAUGGACUUUUGAUCGAUCAAAGUAUGGGUAUGAAUAGACGUAGAGAUGAUGAAGCGGAUGUUAAAACUGAGGAAUUAGACGAAAUUCAGAAAGAAAAAGGUGAUGAAUACUAUGAAACCAUUUCUAACCAUACCGAUGGAUCUACCCCGAAAACUAUCAAGAAUUCUGACCAUAUUACUAGAAUUUAUGCGUGUGCUACUAUGUGGCAUGAAAACAAAGAAGAAAUGAUAGAGUUCUUAAAGAGUAUUCUUCGUUUGGAUGAAGAUCAAUCUGCGCGACGAGUAGCCCAAAAAUAUCUCAGGGUUGUAGAUCCGGAUUAUUACGAAUUUGAAACUCACAUUUUCUUCGAUGACGCUUUUGAAAUCUCUGAUCAUAAUGACGAUGAUACUCAAGUCAAUCGUUUCGUUAAACUAUUGGUCUCUACUUUGGACGAAGCAGCCAGUGACGUCCAUCAAACCCACAUCCGCAUUCGUCCACCCAAAAAGAUACCCACACCGUAUGGAGGUCGCUUAAUCUGGACCCUGCCUGGCAAAACCAAAAUGAUUGCUCAUCUCAAAGACAAGAUGAAGAUUCGUCAUCGUAAACGUUGGUCUCAAGUCAUGUACAUGUACUACCUCCUCGGUCAUCGCCUCAUGGAAUUACCAAUCUCAGUGGACCGUAAAGCAGUUAUCGCGGAGAAUACUUAUCUUUUGACUUUGGAUGGUGACAUUGAUUUUCAACCAUCCGCAGUAACCCUCCUGAUUGAUUUGAUGAAGAAAAACAAGAACUUAGGAGCUGCCUGUGGGCGUAUUCACCCUGUGGGAUCAGGUCCCAUGGUGUGGUAUCAAAUGUUUGAAUAUGCUAUUGGUCAUUGGCUUCAAAAGGCUACUGAACACAUGAUUGGAUGCGUACUUUGUAGCCCUGGGUGUUUCUCACUCUUCAGGGGUAAAUCUCUAAUGGACGAUAAUGUUAUGAAGAAGUAUACUACCCGAUCUGAUGAAGCUAGACAUUAUGUGCAGUACGAUCAAGGAGAAGAUCGUUGGCUUUGCACCUUAUUGUUACAAAGAGGCUAUCGUGUAGAAUACUCAGCCGCUUCAGAUGCUUACACACAUGCCCCGGAAGGUUUCAAUGAGUUCUACAACCAGCGUCGUCGUUGGGUACCAUCCACCAUUGCAAACAUCAUGGAUCUUCUAGUGGACUACAAAAAGACUAUUAAAAUCAACGACAACAUCUCCAUGCCCUACAUUGGUUAUCAAAUUCUAUUGAUGGGUGGUACCAUCCUUGGACCCGGAACAAUUUUCCUUAUGUUGGUGGGUGCCUUUGUGGCAGCUUUCCAGAUUGACAAUUGGACCAGUUUCUACUACAAUAUCGUACCCAUUUUCUUCUUCAUGUUGGUUUGCUUUACUUGCAAGUCAAACAUUCAACUACUCUGCGCGCAGAUAUUAUCCACCGGCUAUGCUUUGAUCAUGAUGGCUGUUAUUGUUGGUACCGCUCUGCAGUUACGUGAAGACGGCAUCGGUUCUCCAUCUGCUAUAUUCUUGAUAGCAAUGACAAGUUCAUUCUUCAUAGCAGCGUGUCUCCAUCCACAAGAAUUUUGGUGUAUUGUGCCGGGUAUUAUUUACCUGUUGUCAAUUCCAUCUAUGUACCUCCUGCUGAUUUUGUAUUCAAUCAUCAAUCUAAACGUUGUAUCCUGGGGUACUCGUGAAGUCGCCGUUAAAUUAACUAAAAAAGAACUCGAACAACAACGCAAAGAAGCGGAAGAAGCCAAAAAGAAAGCGAAACAAAAGUCACUAUUGGGAUUCCUACAAGGAGGAGGUACCAGCGACGAUGAUGAAGGCAGCAUUGAAUUAUCAGUUGCUGGAUUAUUCAAAUUUAUGUUAUGCACACACCAGAAAGCCGGCGAUGAGAAAGCGCAACUUAUUCAUAUCGCCGAUACAUUGGAAGGCUUGACCAAACGUUUGGAUCACAUUGAAAAGGUAAUCGAUCCUCAGGGUCACGCUUCACGCAGACGUAGCAUGUCGGCUUCAUCCCGCGGAGAUCAUCAUCAUCUGAGUGCUGUUGCGGAAGAUCCAACCGAGGAGUCGUCAGACAGCGAUAGCGAAACAAUGUCAACAGUUCCACAAAACAAACGCGACGAUCUCAUCAAUCCAUAUUGGAUCGAAGAUCCCGAUCUAAGGAAAGGAGAGGUGGAAUUCUUAAGUUCAACGGAAAUCGCCUUCUGGAAGGAGUUGUUGGAUAAAUAUUUGUAUCCAAUUGACGAGAACAAGGAGGAAAAGGCACGUAUCGCGUCCGACUUAAAAGAACUGAGAAACUCGUCCGUGUUUGCUUUCUUCAUGGUCAAUGCUAUAUUUGUCUUGAUCGUGUUCUUAUUGACACUGAAGAAGGAUUACCUGCACGUAAAAUGGCCGUUCGGCAUCAAGACAAAUAUAACAUACGACGAGAGUACACAAGAGGUGCACAUCAGCAAGGAGUACCUUCAAUUGGAACCUAUUGGUCUGGUAUUUGUGUUCUUCUUCGCGUUGAUUCUGGUGAUCCAGUUUACGGCCAUGUUGUUCCAUCGUUUCGGUACCUUGGCUCACAUUUUGGCAUCAACAGAUCUCAACUUUGGAUGCUCUAAAAAGAAAGAGGAUCUGUCUCCAAACGCGUUACUCGAUCGACAAGCAGUCGAAAUCGUCAAGCAACUGCAGCGAUUGCAGGGCAUCGACGAUGGAGACUACGAAAACGAUUCCGGUUCUGGCCCUGAUCGUAUCGGCCGUAGGAAAACAAUUCAUAAUUUGGAACGAGCUGCGCAAAGGAAGAGACAGAUCGGCACGUUGGACGUCGCAUUUAAGAAGCGUUUUGCUAAAUUGAAUGCCAACCCUGAAGGAGGUAAUGUUUCACUUAAAAUCUCCACGUAUUACUCAAACGUAUUUUUUACCACAGGUACUCCUAUUUUGAGCCGUCGAAUGACAAUGGGCAAAGAAACAAUGAAGGCGUUAGAGGUCCGGGUUAAUUCCGUAAUGGCGGAACGUCGCAAGUCUAAUAUGCAAACACUGGGCGCAAAGAACGAAUACGGCAACAAUAAUGUCAUCCGGAAUCAUCGUAACAGCACGACUAGUAUCCCGAUCAAGGACGUCUUUGACAAUGGUCCAAAUGGGCAAGUUAAUAAGGCCUACGAAGAGGAGACUUAUGGAAGUCGGUCAUCGUUACCGAUGCAUCCUAGAAAUUCUGUCAAUUGGAAAGGCAGUUUGAGUAGAAUGUAACCACAAGAGGCAUGCGAAUUAAGACUCAAAACUACCUGAUAAAUGACAAUAUGCAAAUGAAAACAAUUUUAGACAAAUGAAUGAUGAUUAUGAAUGAUUGAUAGCUAAUAAGAAAGACUUGAUUUUGUAUAUAAGCUCAACUAUAAUUAAAUAUAAUGUAAUUUAAAAGAA